AUGGCAAGAAGAUUGGAAAUCCGGAGCAAACGGCAGAAGCCCAUUAAAAAGCAGAUCACCGAUUGGCGACUCGGUUCUUGGAACUGCAGAUCCCUGAACUUUUUGGGUUUCCAGUUCGCAUUGGCGAAUGAGUUGCAACCUCGCAACUUCGAUGUUGUGGCACUGCAGGAGGUGUGCUUGGAGGAGGAGCAGGUGCUCGACUGGCCAGGUCGGCAGACCGAUUCCCGUUUUUUUAUGAGCGGCGGCAAGGACAAGAAGCUGGGUACCGGCUUUAUUGUGCGGGGCAAGAUGCAGGAUCGCGUGUUCGGCUUCACGGCGAUCAGCGAGCGGAUGUGCAAGUUGAGGAUAAGAGGCCGUUUCUUUAACUACAGCAUAAUCAACGUGCACUGCCCCCACGAGGAAAAGUCCGAUGAUGAAAAGGAAGCAUUCUACGCGACGCUGGAGGAGGUGUAUGACGGCUGUCCGCGGCAGGAUGUGAAAGUCAUCAUUGGGGAUAUGAACGCUCGGUUUGGGAGGGAGGAAAUGUAUCGGCCGACAAUAGGCCCAGAAAGCCUGCACUCGGUCACGAACGACAACGGCCAACGCUGCAUUGACUUUGCAGCCUCCCGAGGAAUGGUGGUCAGGAGCACCUACUUCCCUCGCAAGGACAUCCACAAAGCCACCUGGACAUCACCUGACCAACGGACGAAAACGCAAAUCGACCACCUGUCGACGGUGUUCAACCAACGCCGAAGCCGGCGGGCCCCUCCGUUCAACACCGCAUGUCUGCAGAACGGGGAAGUGGCCCACAGUUACGCGCAGCAGCUGGAAGUGAAUCUGCCAGGUGAGGAGGAACUUGGCGCAGCCUCGCUCGAAGAUGGUUGGAGCCGUAUCCGCUCAGCCAUCGGCAGUGCAGCGGAAGCCACACUGGGUAGUGCGAUCCGAGUCAGCCGAAACGAUUGGUACGACGACGAGUGCCAACGGAUUAUCGCCGAGAAGAAGGCAGCUUACGACAGGAAGCUGCACAAGGCGACGAGAGGGAACGUGGAACGAUACAGGCAGGCUCGGAAUCGGCAGGUCGCGGUCUUCAAGCUCAAGAAGCGCCAGCAGGAAGACCGGGAUUGCGCAGAAAUGGAGCAGCUAUUCCGAGCUAACGAGUCGCGAAAGUUUUACGAGAAGGUGAACCGGUCCCGCAAAGGCUUCGUGCCGCGAGCCGAUGCGUGCAGGGACAACGAGGGAAACCUGAUCGUGAACAAAAGCGAGGUGUUGGACAGGUGGAAGCAGUACUUCAACGAGCACCUCAACGGCGAUGAAGCGGACGGAGACGGCGUUGGAGUCAACCUUGGAGCGCCCGCAGCUGAUGAACAGUUCCCGGCGCCUGAUCUAGAAACGGGGGAAAAAACCCCGCCACGUUCCGCGUUUCCCCCCGAGCAGAACGAUUAA